AGCGGUUGCUUCGCCUCGGGACUGAGGCAGGAGAGAGAGUCUGAGAAGCAAGAGGGAUACGAGGAGCAGGAGGCUGGCAGUGUACCGGUGGAUGAGUGGGGCGAAAUGGGAAAAAUCGCAGGACUCGUCAGAAGAUGGGAGGGUGGAGGAGGAGCCAUGGAAUUGAGCACUGAGGAGAAGGAUGGUGUGGAUCUGCCGGCGUCAGAGAUCGACUGUCCGGCGGAGGAGAGGAGGAACGGUGACAAAAGCAGAUGCAGCGGAAGCAGGCCUGACCCGCUGGCCGACGACAGAGAACCCGGCAACCACGAGAUUGGCCAGGCAGGUGUCUGUCGUUCGGUGUCGCCGGGCGACCCUGGCAGUGGUGCCGUAUGUUGA